CAUUACUUAAUGCAAUCAAAUCUUAGUGAGUCAAUGGUUGUGAUUCAUUGAACUCCAAUAUUAAAUAUCUACAUUCUCCUUCCCAUUCAUGAUUCAUCUCUCUCUACUCAAACCGGCAACGAUACUCCGCGGUUUCUCCUCACUCAAUCCCAACCCCUUCGAGAUUUUCUCCAGAAACUCCUUAUUCUCCGAUUCACGGAGGAGGAAUUCAUACAUGGCGCCGCCGAUUCUCUCCCUAGCUCUUCCUUCCGAAACCGGACGUGUGCUCAGCAUUCAAUCUCAUACUGUUCAGGGUUAUGUUGGAAAUAAAUCAGCUGUUUUUCCUCUCCAACUUUUGGGAUUUGAUGUGGAUCCAAUUCAUUCUGUGCAGUUUUCCAAUCACACAGGGUAUCCAUCAUUCAAGGGCCAGGUUUUAAAUGGACAGCAACUCUGGGAACUGAUUGAAGGUCUUGAAGCUAAUGAUUUAUUGUACUACACUCACUUAUUAACAGGUUAUAUUGGUUCAGUUUCUUUUCUCAAUACCGUAUUGGAUGUUGUCUCCAAGCUUCGGACAAUAAACCCUAAGCUUACAUAUGUAUGUGAUCCUGUAUUGGGUGACGAAGGAAAGCUUUACGUUCCAGAAGAGCUGGUGACGGUGUACCGUGAGAGGGUUGUUCCACUGGCUUCAAUGUUGACUCCCAACCAAUUUGAAGCAGAAUUACUGACAGGACUCAGAAUUCAGUCGGAAGAAGAUGGUCGAAGAGCUUGUAACUUACUUCAUGCAGUUGGACCUUCAAAGGUUAUAAUUACAAGUAUAAAUAUAGAUGGGAAACUUCUCCUCAUUGGCAGCAAUUUAAAGGAAAAGGGACAAACUCCCAAACAAUUUAAGAUUCCAAUUCCCAAAAUAGAAGCUUAUUUUACGGGAACAGGCGAUCUCAUGACUGCACUUCUUCUCGGUUGGAGCAAUAAACACCCGGACAAUCUCGAGAAGGCUGCAGAACUUGCAGUUUCAAGCUUACAGGCACUUUUGCAAAGGACACUGAAUGAUUACAAACUAGCUGGGCAUGAUCCCAAAUCAUCCAGUUUAGAGAUCAGGUUAAUUCAGAGCCAGGAUGAUAUUCGCAGUCCAGAAAUCAAAUUCAAAGCUGAAAUAUACAACUAAAUGGUGAUAUGGUUUGAAGCUGAAUACCUGUUUAUUGAUUGAUUAUAGAAAUUGGAGCUACACCGUUGAAUUAAACACUACAGGCCUAUCGAGCAUUACAAUUUACAGGAGUCAAACGUGUUAGGUCGGAAAUAAAAUAAAAUAAAUAUAUUGUCUCUAAAUUUAAUUUUAGUUUCAUUCCGCUCAUUACUGGUAUAAAUAUAUAGACUUUGUGCAUAUAUAUUUUUAAUAUUAAAGUACUUUGUGAUAUUUAUUUAUCUCCAUAGCCAGAAUGGUUUGGAGACCAAACUCCA